AUGAGCCGCAUCGCCGUGCGUCGCUUCGCGACGACGGCCGUCCGCGCCAUUGACCCGCCCUCCGCUUACUCCCUCAACCUCUCCCGCGCGCAAGGAGUCGUAAAGGGCCUCACCGGCGCAAUCGGCAACACCCCGCUCAUCCGCCUCAACCGCCUCUCCGCCGAAACAGGCUGCGAAGUCCUCGGCAAAGCAGAAUUCAUGAACCCAGGCGGCUCCGUCAAAGACCGCGCGGCCCUCUACGUCGUCAAAGACGCCGAGGAGCGUGGGCUCCUGAAGCCCGGCGGCACCGUCGUCGAGGGCACCGCCGGCAACACGGGCAUCGGCUUGGCCCACGUGUGCCGCUCAAAGGGAUACAAGCUCGUCAUUUACAUGCCCAACACGCAAUCCCAGGGCAAGAUCGAUCUGCUGCGGCUGCUGGGCGCCGAGGUGUACCCCGUGCCCGCGGUGGCGUUUGAGAAUCCGGAGAAUUAUAACCACCAGGCGCGCCGCCAUGCCGAGAGGCUGGAGAAUGCGGUGUGGACGAAUCAGUUUGACAACAUCGCGAACCGGAGGGCGCAUAUCGAGACUACGGGCCCGGAGAUCUGGGAGCAGACGCAGGGGAAGAUUGAUGCGUUUACGUGUGCCACGGGGACGGCUGGUACUCUGGCCGGAACGACGCGCUACCUUAAAGACGUAUCCAACGGCCGCGUCAAGUCCUUCCUCGCCGACCCCCCGGGUAGCGUCCUCCACUCGUACGUGUCCUCGGGCGGACAGCUCGUCGAGCGAAGCGGGUCCAGCAUCACCGAGGGGAUCGGCCAGGGCCGCAUCACGGACAACUUGCAGCCCGACAUCGGCCUCGUCGACGGGUCGCUCACGAUUGCCGACGAGAAGAGCAUAGAGAUGGUGUACCGCUGCCUCGACGAGGAAGGGCUGUACUUGGGCGCCAGCUCGGCUCUGAAUGUUGUCGCUGCCAAGGAGGUGGCGGAGAAGCUCGGCAAGGGGAACACGGUCGUGACAAUUCUGUGCGAUGGCGCGUAUCGGUAUGCUGAGCGAUUAUUUUCGCGCAAGUGGCUUGAGGAGAAGAAGCUUUUGGGGGCGAUACCGAAGCAUUUGGAAAAGUACAUUGUUUUGCCUUGA